GCCCCGGGCAGGGCAGCAGCUCGCUGGAGGGUUUCCUUCCUCCUGCCCCAGCCCGCGCUUCGCGAGCCACCCCGAGCACGGCUGCAAGCGCCUCUCAUGUGACCGCCGGCUUCCUGUGCGCUCCCGGCUCGGUGCCGGUGCCGCGGGACGAGACGGGACGGGACGGGACGGGCCGCGCUCGCCGCUGCUGGACGCUGAGCCCCAGGCCAUGCUGCGCCGCAAGCCUUCCAACGCCGGCGACAAGGAGCCGGGACACAGGAAGCUUUCCCUACAGCGUUCCAGCAGCUUCAAGGAUUUCAACAAGUCCAAGGUCAGUUCCCCCGUGUCAAGCGAGGAGUUCAGCCUGGAGGAGAAUAUCCCUGAGGAUGAUGCCAGCAGUGCCAGUGCUGAGGAGGGCGCACGGAGCAGCGGGACCAAGCUGGGCAGGAAGUGGCGGGCAGUCAUCUCCCGCACCAUGAACCGCAAGAUGGGCAGGAUGGCUGUGAGAGCGCUGGCCGAGGGCAAGCAGGGAGAGGUGGAGGCAGAGAGGCCAUGCCCCCUGUCCCCAGCCAGCAGCGUGGAAGAGCAGAGCCAUGACAAGGUGCCCCUGUCGUACCUGGAGCUGGAGGAGGAGGAGGAUGGGCGCCCAGCCCUCAGACGCCAGAUGUCCAGCGGCAGCGACAUUCCCAGCCCUGGCGAUCCCAGGGACAGCCAGCAGCUGGAGGAGACCGUCCCAGCCUACACUGGCCCCUUCUGUGGCCGGGCCCGUGUCCACACCGACUUCACCCCCAGCCCCUAUGACAAGGACUCCCUGAAGCUGCGGAAAGGGGACAUCAUCGGCAUCAUUGAGAAGCCACCUGUGGGCACCUGGACCGGGCUGCUCCACAACAGGGUGGGCUCCUUCAAGUUCAUCUACGUGGAUGUGAUCCCUGAGGAGACGGUCCCUGCCCGCAGGAGCCGGAGCUCCAGCCGGAACAAGCGCCUCAAGCCCAAGACCCUCCAUGAGCUGCUGGAGCGCAUCAACCUGCAGGAACACACCCCCACCCUCCUGCUGAAUGGGUACCAGACCCUGGAGGACUUCAAGGAGCUGCGGGAGACCCACCUGAAUGAACUGCACAUCAUGGACCCCCAGCACCGCGCCAAGCUGCUGACGGCUGCCGAGCUCCUCCUGGACUAUGACACAGCCAGUGAGCCAGAGGAUGGUGACAGCACUGAGGCCCUGCCAUCACCCUCAGAGCCCAAGGGGGACAUUCCCCGGGACUCCGGCUGCUUCGAGGGAUCAGAGACCCUGGAUGGCAGCCGGGAGGAGGCCGAGCUGGGGGGUCCUGAGGAGCAGCUGGCGGGUCCUGAGGAGCAGCUGGGGGGUCUCUCCAUGGCAGAAUCCCCCUGAGCCCACCAGCACCGCCACUUUCCACUCUGGCCCUAAUAGGGGAGCUGGAUUGGAGGGGAUGGCUGCUGGUGGGGGACAGGGGAGCCCCAGUGGUGGCACCUCAGGGCCCAGCUUGGCCCCUGCACCAGAGCCAGAUGCUGGGUGGGCAUGAGGUGCCCCAGGACAUUUUGCAUGGCACUGCCUGGCACCACUGCCCCGAGGCAGGGACUCUGGGCAUGCUGGGGCAUUGCACCCCCUGCCAAGACACCACAGGCAUUGGCUGCUUUCCCCAGGUUUGCCAGCAGGCUCAGGAAGGGAGCUAGGGAUGGAAGCUGUGUGUGCAGGCCACUGAAGCCUGCCUAGGACACUGUCACUUCUCAGCAUGGACACACAGAGACCCCCCCCCCCCCCCCCCGUCACCUGCCAUGAGGGACAACAAGAUGCAAAUAACAUAGCUAAGACACCCUGGAAGUGUGAGAUGGAGAGUCCUGGAAAUGCACAGGGAAGAGGGAAGAGGCAGCUGGCUUGGGGCAGCACAGAAACACAGGGGCUACAGCUCAGCCAUUUUCAAACCAAUUAAGUUUCCUUCAUUGUUUUAAAAUUAAAAAAAAAAUAAUAAGAAGAAAAAAAUAAAGAACACCCAGCCCUCACCCGACCCCCUUCCUUCCUUCUGGAGACCCUGACCCUUGCAGGCAGGUCCCGGCAGGCAGCACUCCACACACCUCAUGGAACAGAGAGCAGCAAAGCCAAAAUACACAAUUUUCCGCACUGAA